CCGGCGGACUACUCAGUCGCGACUUGCUAUCGAACCUUGGUCGCUGCCCGCGACGGCACAAACUAUAUCGCCGCUAGUUAUUUCUAUGUACUGUGAUGUUAGUAAACAAUUGGUGUAUAUAUAAAAAGCCCCAAGUGAAUUGCCUGUCAGUCUUGUUGUGAAUUUAAAUGGACAAUCAUGUCUCUUCCUGGAGUUUUUCUAUUUUCUCAUUACGUGGAAAGCUUUUGGAGCGCACCGCCGCCUCUCGUGGACUGGUCAGGGGUGCCGACGUUGAUUUUGGCAUUGGUGGCGCUAGUUAUGGCGGUGACAGCUCUACUUACGAAGACUGUAGACGGUAAAAGGCCCACUCGCUUACCGGGACCACCUGCUUUACCUUUCCUGGGAUCGAGAUGGUUAUUCUGGAGCCGUUAUAAGAUGAACAAGCUGCAUGAAGCGUACGAAGACAUGUUCAGGCGAUACGGGCCGGUGUUUGCUGAGACAACGCCGGGAGGCGCUCUACUAGUGUCCAUCGCUGACAGGACAGCACUCGAAGCUGUGCUGAAGACACCAGCUCGAAGACCAUAUAGACCUCCAACAGAGAUCGUUCAAGUGUACAGACGAAGCCGACCUGAUAGAUACGCGUCUACAGGGAUAGUUAAUGAGCAGGGUGAAAAAUGGCACCACCUCCGUCGCCACCUAACGUCAGAGCUGACAAGCCCCCAAACUAUCCAGGGAUUCGUCCCUGAACUGAACAAUAUCUGCGAUGACUUCAUAAACCUGCUGAGGAACUCUCGCCGGCCGGAUGGUUCCGUAUUGGGAUUCGACCAACUCACCAAUCGAGUGGGUUUGGAAUCUGUGUGUGGUCUAAUGUUGGGGACGAGGUUGGGUUUCCUCGAGCGUUGGAUGUCAGGGAGAGCUGCUGCGCUGGCUGCAGCGGUGAAGGCGCAUUUCAGAGCUCAGAGGGAUUCCUACUACGGAGCCCCCUUGUGGAAGUUUGCCCCGACGUCCGUGUAUAAAACUUUUGUCAGGAGCGAAGAAACGAUACAUAUGAUAGUAUCUGAACUGAUGGAGGAGGCUCGCUGUCGGUCACGAGGCGCGGCUCAAGACGAUCCGCUGCAGGAGAUCUUCCUUAAGAUCCUCGCCAACCCCGAGCUGGACAUGAGGGACAAGAAAGCCGCUAUCAUCGACUUCAUAACCGCUGGUAUUGAUACGCUCGCGAACAGCUUGGUGUUCCUUCUUUACUUGCUGAGCGGUCGCGUGGACUGGCAGCAGAGGAUCCGGUCGGAGCUGCCGUCUUGUGGGGAGCUUCGUAUUGAGGAGCUGUCGUCGGCGCCGUCGGUGAGGGCGGCGAUCAACGAAGCCUUCAGACUGCUCCCCACGGCGCCCUUCCUGGCUAGACUUCUGGACGCGCCGAUGACGAUAGGAGAAUAUAGGCUCCCAGCCGGGACGUUCGUGUUAGCUCACACGGGCGCGGCUUGCAGGCGUGAGGAGAACUUCCACCGCGCGGGCGAGUACCUCCCGGAGCGUUGGGUGGAGCCCCGCGAGCCCCACGCGCCCGGGCUACUGGCACCGUUCGGACGGGGACGGAGAAUGUGCCCCGGGAAGCGAUUCGUUGAGAUGCAGCUGCACUUGAUACUGGCCAAGAUCAUCCAGCACUGGCGCGUGGAGUUCGACGGUGAGUUGGACAUACAGUUUGAUUUUCUUCUGUCACCAAAGUCCCCCGUGUCUCUGCGGCUAGUCGAGUGGUGAGCGAGCGAGGCGGUUGUCUCUUACUCGCUCCACAUUAUAUUUUGCUCCAAACUUAUGCUCAUUGUACUGAUUAUUUUGUAGUAAUGCUAAUAAUUGAUAAGAUUAUUGUAACGCGUUAAGCAAUCCUUGGCUCUAUCAUUAUUGGUGAAGCGAGCUUUUUAAGCUGUUCAAUGAUUUGUACUUUUUAAUACGAUGGUAAUCAUUGAGUGUUUUAGCAACAAAGUGACAAGUAUUUUGUGAUGAUAGAAGCCCCUAAGUGUUUUUGAGUUAAAAAUGUUUCUGCGGUAUAAAAUAACUCAAACUAUUGGUAGAUUUCUUUACCGCACAGCUACACAGAAAGCUUUAUUGAUAUUGUAAAAUGAUGUUUGCGUUAGGUAUAAGAUUUGUUAAAAGUAAAAAAGCCAGCACUGAUUUCUCUCUUUUUCUAUUAAAUCAUUUGAAUUUUAAAUAAAUAAUUGUUACAAUUAUAUAAUAUUAAUUUGUAUAUAUCGUAAGACAUCUGUUUUGAUCAACACUCAAUGAAACAUGGUGAUAGGUAAAUAUUGACCAGGUUUUAUAGCCUUGUAUCAAGAGUAUAUAAAGGGUUGCCAUGACUGAAAUUCAAUAGUAGGAAAAAGUAUGACAGGGUAUUGGCACAGUCCGCUCAACGUACACUUGUACUCGAUUUCGAAUUAAAUGUUUGAACAAUAUUAAAUAGUUAAGUAUUUUGUUAUAACAUAACUCUAGGCUUAGUUUGUAACUUUACAACGUAGUAAAAUAUGGCUGUGUUAAUAUCAAAAAGCAUAUUUAUAUAAUUAUUAUCAACCAUAAAUACCUCUUUAAAAGACUGCAUACUGCAAGCCACAUAAUGUCAGCUGAUAAUUUUACACCAGGCAGUGUGAAAAUAGUUUUAGUCUUAGAUUACGUUUUUUUUUGCGGGUCGUUGAUAGAAAAUUUUGAUACAUUUGUUAUAAUUGCACUAUUUUAGAUUUAUUUUCAACCAACAGCGAACAAGGCAUAUAGUUGUAUAUUGUCUUGGUGGAUCCCAAAUUACGAUAAAAAAUAUCGACGACCCCAUUUUCAUUCCACCUUUAAUAUUAAUCACAUGUAUUAUGUAUACAGGGCUCCGUAUUUUAUGUUAAAGGUUUGACCAAACAUAAUUUCGAAGUGGCCAUUUCCUAUUAUUAAUUUAUUGUUCACGUAUUACACAAUCAUAAUUAAGUUUUCAUUUGUUACAUUUUGUAUAACAUAUACAAUAAAGUAUAUUAUCUAAUUGUAACAUAGGAUUAAAAAUAUAUAAGGUGUUUUCAGAGUUUUUGUUUUUGAUUUUUGUUUUUUUUUUUUUGUAUCUAUGCCCAUAUUACAUAUUUUAACACAAGUUAAACAUUGAAGGAUUAUAGAUCAUUUGUGUACUUUACUCCAGUGUGUAAGUGUAAAGGUCCAUCAAACUAUGGGACUUUUAUAUUGCAUAUUGCAGAGUAAUAAAUUAAGUGACUGUAAUACACUUUAUACCUAUAAUCAGCUAAAAUGUAUUUUAAAAUGCCGAAAUGUUUAUAUUA